GCGUCUCACUCACACACACGUCGCGAGUAAAAUUUUUGUGUUUGCUGCGGGACGUCCAAGUGUGAAAAACUAAAGAAAAUUGCAUUUUUUGCAUAAUGCGCGACGUGAAAAGCUAACAAAAGUUGUCAAAAAGCAAAAUUGAAUAGUCUGGCUAACGUCUGUGUAUAAUUUUGGCAGCGCAUAACGUGUUCGGGUGCACAAAAAACGACGUCUCGAAAAUAUAAGAAAUAUACGUGCACACAUUUUUUGCUGCCCAAUCUAAAACGCAUACAAAAGCAUUUUCUUGCUGUAGAAGCGCCACCGAAGUUGUCGUCGUCGUCGUUUGUCCAGCGGAGCACCCAGCACACCAGAAAUUUUCACACAUACACAUACAUACAUUGAUGAGAGAACACCCACACAUUCACUCACACAUUGAGAGAUCAAGAUAAAAAGCAUAAAAGAGAAUUUGUUCUUUAGUUGUAUUGCAAACACAACAAAAAAAAAACAUACAUAUGUAUAUGUAUAUGUAAAAGCAUAUGUAGAUGUACAUACAUACAAACAUACAUAUAACGAAAGCUGUGCCUACAUUUGUGUUCUUUUCCAAUACUACAAUAAAAAACAACAACUACAACAACAAUAAGAAUUGUAAUAAUAAUUGAAUAGAAAUAUAAUAAUUAACGAGACUCGACAUUAAACUCAACGCAUUUUUUUAACUAAAUCGCGUGGUCCUAAGUGCGAAAAUUCCAAAUAAAUUCACAUUGCGCCCAUAAACAAAAACAAAAAGAAACAAAUGCGAAAAUCAACCAAACGAAUAAAACUACUUUAAAGUGUGAUAAGCAAAAGGCUGAAAUCAAAAAAACAAAAAAAGUAUAAUAAUUAGUAGGAACGAAAAGCAACAAAUAAAAAAAACAACCAACAACAACUACAAGAACAAUCAAUUACAUUUAAAACAGAGCAAAACCAACAAAAAACACUCGCAAACACAAAGACAAAAAAAAAAAAAAACAAAACACACCUUUGAUACACUCUUACAUUUCUUAAACAAACAAAAAACUAGUGCAAAAUGUAUCCAGUUGGACAACAGUCACAGUGGACCACCCCCUCGCCCACGCGGCCUCAGAGCCCCUCUCAGGCGCAGACUAGCUUCGACACGCUCACAUCACCACCAACGCCCGGUUCUUCGGUAAAUCCCACCGCUGUCACCAGCCCAAGUGCUCAGAAUGUGGCUGCCGGAGGUGCCACUGUGGGUGGCGCUGCUGCCGCCGCUGCGGCUCAGGUCGCCUCGGCCCUUGGCUCCACCGGCAGCGUAUCGGCGGCAAUUGCCGCUGCGGCAGCUGCAUCGCCCACCACUCAGCCGGACAUGCCGGUGUUUACGUGCCCCCGACGGCCGAAUUUGGGACGGGAGGGCAGACCGAUUGUGCUGCGUGCGAAUCACUUUCAAGUGACGAUGCCGCGCGGCUUUGUGCAUCACUAUGACAUCAACAUCCAGCCGGAUAAGUGUCCACGGAAGGUGAACCGUGAAAUUAUCGAGACGAUGGUGCAUGCGUACAGCAAGAUCUUUGGAGUGCUCAAACCCGUAUUCGAUGGUCGCAACAAUUUAUACACGCGCGAUCCGCUCCCCAUUGGCAAUGAGCGGUUGGAGUUGGAGGUGACGCUGCCAGGCGAGGGCAAGGAUCGCAUUUUCCGUGUGACCAUUAAGUGGCAGGCGCAAGUGUCUCUCUUCAAUCUGGAGGAGGCGCUCGAAGGACGCACCCGUCAAAUACCCUAUGAUGCCAUACUGGCCCUCGAUGUGGUCAUGCGUCAUUUGCCAAGCAUGACGUACACGCCGGUUGGACGCAGUUUCUUUAGCUCCCCCGAUGGCUAUUAUCAUCCACUUGGAGGCGGUCGUGAGGUUUGGUUUGGUUUCCAUCAAAGUGUGCGACCCUCGCAGUGGAAGAUGAUGCUCAACAUUGACGUUUCGGCCACUGCCUUCUACAAGGCGCAGCCGGUCAUCGACUUUAUGUGCGAGGUGCUGGACAUACGUGACAUUAACGAGCAGCGAAAACCGCUCACUGACUCGCAGCGCGUCAAGUUCACCAAGGAAAUCAAGGGACUCAAGAUCGAGAUUACGCACUGCGGCCAAAUGCGUCGCAAAUAUCGUGUCUGUAAUGUAACACGUCGCCCUGCUCAAAUGCAAUCUUUCCCACUGCAGUUGGAGAACGGCCAGACUGUGGAGUGCACUGUUGCCAAGUACUUUUUGGAUAAGUAUCGCAUGAAGUUGCGCUAUCCGCAUUUGCCGUGUCUGCAGGUGGGACAGGAGCACAAACACACCUAUCUGCCCUUGGAGGUGUGCAACAUUGUGGCCGGACAGCGAUGCAUCAAGAAGCUGACCGAUAUGCAGACAUCGACCAUGAUCAAGGCCACCGCACGCUCGGCACCCGAUCGUGAGCGCGAGAUUAACAAUUUGGUGAAACGUGCCGACUUCAACAAUGACUCGUAUGUCCAAGAGUUCGGUCUGACCAUCUCGAAUUCCAUGAUGGAGGUGCGCGGUCGUGUUUUGCCGCCACCCAAAUUGCAGUAUGGGGGACGUGUGUCGGGCAUUGCCGGGCAACAGUUGUUCCCGCCCCAGAACAAGGUCAGUCUGGCUUCACCCAAUCAGGGUGUCUGGGAUAUGCGUGGCAAGCAGUUCUUUACCGGCGUCGAGAUUCGCAUUUGGGCCAUCGCCUGCUUUGCUCCGCAGCGCACAGUGCGAGAGGAUGCGUUACGCAACUUUACGCAACAGCUGCAGAAGAUCUCCAACGAUGCUGGCAUGCCCAUUAUUGGCCAGCCCUGUUUCUGCAAAUAUGCCACAGGUCCGGAUCAGGUGGAGCCCAUGUUCCGCUAUCUGAAGAUAACGUUCCCAGGACUGCAGCUGGUCGUGGUCGUGUUGCCGGGUAAAACGCCAGUUUAUGCAGAGGUUAAGCGUGUGGGCGACACCGUCUUGGGCAUGGCCACGCAGUGUGUGCAGGCCAAGAACGUGAAUAAGACGUCCCCGCAGACGCUCUCCAAUCUGUGCCUCAAGAUCAAUGUGAAGCUCGGCGGCAUUAAUUCCAUCUUGGUGCCAUCCAUUCGGCCAAAGGUCUUCAACGAGCCUGUCAUCUUCUUGGGCGCCGAUGUCACUCACCCGCCAGCUGGCGACAACAAGAAACCAUCGAUUGCCGCUGUUGUUGGCUCUAUGGAUGCGCAUCCAUCGCGCUAUGCGGCCACGGUGCGUGUGCAGCAACAUCGCCAGGAGAUCAUCCAGGAGCUGAGCAGCAUGGUGCGAGAGUUGCUCAUUAUGUUCUACAAAUCCACCGGCGGCUACAAGCCGCACCGAAUUAUACUCUACCGCGAUGGCGUCUCCGAGGGUCAAUUCCCACAUGUGCUGCAGCACGAGUUGACGGCCAUUCGCGAGGCAUGCAUUAAACUGGAGCCCGAAUACCGACCGGGUAUCACCUUCAUUGUCGUCCAGAAGCGCCAUCACACACGACUCUUCUGUGCCGAAAAGAAGGAGCAGAGCGGCAAGUCGGGUAACAUUCCCGCCGGUACCACCGUCGACGUUGGCAUCACCCAUCCCACGGAAUUCGAUUUCUAUCUGUGCAGUCACCAGGGUAUCCAGGGCACCAGCCGUCCCUCGCAUUACCAUGUGCUCUGGGAUGACAAUCACUUUGAUUCUGAUGAGCUGCAAUGCCUCACCUAUCAACUGUGCCACACCUAUGUGCGAUGCACGCGCUCUGUCAGCAUACCAGCACCCGCAUAUUAUGCGCAUUUGGUUGCCUUCCGUGCCAGAUAUCAUCUGGUUGAGAAGGAACACGAUUCCGGCGAGGGAUCACACCAGAGCGGCUCAUCCGAGGAUCGUACACCAGGAGCCAUGGCACGAGCCAUCACUGUUCAUGCCGAUACCAAAAAGGUCAUGUACUUUGCCUAAAAAGUUACAGCAUCAACAAACAACAACAAAAACAAAAACGACACCAAAAACACAUCAACAUCAACA